AGCUCAUGGAAUACUGUUGUAAUUGGAAUUCCGUGAAGACUGCCAUGAGGCAACACAUGAUGAAAGCAUCUUGAAGUGUUAGGCGAUAAACUUGUCGACAUGGGCUGCGGGUCAUCCACAAGAAAAAAAUCAGGAAACACGACCAUUUCGCCUAUCGCAUUCAGCUCAAAUGGCAGCAAGGAUGCUGAAGCGAUCUAUCGAGAGCGGCUUGGACCAAAAUUCAUACAUCACUUCUCUCAGUCAUCGGGGAAACUGCGGAGAAUGUCGUUCGAUCGAUCAUCACAAUCCUUGGAUUCUCAACCAACGAGCCCCUUCGAGGUAUCGUCAAAUGCGGGAGAUGUCACGAUCAUGCGUGUGGAUGGGUCCGAGGAAUCUGAGCCUCCUUCAUGAUUCGAAACUUGAUCCAAGUUGAUGGUGCCAUCACUCCGGCGGUCGCGAGGUCGGAAACCGCCGGGGACUGAUUGAUAAGUUGCCGCCGAGCUCCCCGGAU